AUGUUGAACAUUGAAAAUUUUCUCGAAACCCCACAAAUGAUUGGAAAACUAGAUAUUCUAGACCCAUCAUCAUUUUUAUCAGGACAGUUACAUAAUAAGAUGAGAACAGAAAACUGGUGUCAUGUGUUAAAGGGGACACAGGACAGGUUCAACGUGAAGAACUGGUUGAAUAAUGGCAUUGACAUAAAGGAUUAUAUGAAACAUUUCAAGGGUCAAUAUAAAGGGAAAAUUUUUGAUAGUCCAGUCCCUCCAAAGAUGUUCAUGCCAAAUAGUCCUAGUUGCAAAGAUUAUAGCAAUUUCAUAUCAAAAACUUUGGAAGAGAAAAUAGAGUCUGGAGCUAUUAGGGUCAUUGGUAAGGUAGUUCAAUGUCAGUUACCUAAGGUUGUGAUGCCGUUAAUCGUUGAACAAACAAAACCAAGAUUAUGUCACGACGAAAGGUUUAUUAAUCUAUGGAUGAAGGACAUGCCUUUUGAACUGGAAACGUUAAAAGAUGUCCCGCGCAUGGUUGGCAACGAUUCUGUUUUGUUUUGCUGUGACGAAAAGUCUAGUUACGAUCAUGUCAAGCUAAAGGAGGAAUCUCAGACAUAUUUUGGUGUAGUAUUUGCAGGAUGGGUUGCCAUUUGGUUGGAAAAUUAG